CAAACUGCCUGUUUUUCCGUGGCUCAACCCUUGACGAAUUCAAAACGCUCUCCAAAACCUGGAAUGCAUGAGAUCAUGAAUGCAUGAAUAUACCUACAAUACAGCACAGUAAAUACUGUCCCAACCCAAACUCGACCUUGUGGCGUCGGCUAUUGACCCUGUUUGAACCACGUAACUAGAACUUCACGAUGGUUACGUCCGCAAUCUCAGUUCCUUUCCUACCGUCUGAGGAAGAUCUCCCUAUUUCCACAAAUGCACCACCAGCUUUCAUUCUAGCCCCCUAUAAGCACAAGUCAUCUUCAUGAAUCGGUUGGCAUUGAAACCCAAAUGCCCCCAAAAUCGUGGGGAAGCACAAGCGAUGGCCCGGCUCAACGGGUGCCAUGGAUGGUGAACGCAGAACGGUACAGCGUUUCCGGGGAUCAUUCUCUCCUUGCUCAAGCAUCACGGUGAUCCUCGGUAAAGAAGCCUCAAGUCUCCGAAAGGGACCCCAAAGCCCCAAAAAUAUUGAAACGUGCCCCAAUGACAGCUGCCGCAAAAGUCCACGAUGACCUCCAAAACAGUGUGUCAUGUGGGUCCCCGGACAAUCAAGGCCGGCCACCUUUCACCUUGGAAUUUACCUAAGUCUCCCUAUGAAAACCUCUCAACACUGCCUGACCUGCACAGUGUGCCACACGGAGUUUUCUCGGUGACCGAAGCACUACGGGAGCACCUAGCCAAUGAGAACCCCAAUCCCUGGCGGCCAGAACCGGGUUUGCCGGGGCGUCAUAGUCUUUUUACCAACAGCAGGACAUCAAAGGCCAGGCCAGGCCAGGUACGUACGGUACCUAGCGACUUGAGCUCCAGCGCUGCUCAUACCUAAAACAAUUUCUUCCCGUCGUCUACUUGUUCUUCCCGUGUCCCUCCCAACUACCUAUCCACCUUAUCCAUCCGUCAAUUCAGUCCAAUUCCUCUCCUCAGUCUUCACGGGGAACCCUUUGUUGACUUACUCCGCCGUUCCUUCGUGUCGCGAUCAAGCUCGUCGAGGGAUGCUUCCCAUUCAUAUCCUCUAGUUCCUUUUUAUAUACCUGUUCUGUUUCUCCACAUACACAAACACAAACGCUCAUCAUGUUGAGGAAUUCGCUCUGUAGAGCUAGCUCGCAGCUCCUUCGCGGUGCUCGAUGCUCUGCUGCCUCGUCUACCGCCUCUAUUUCGACCCUCUCGGCCCGUACAUCAUCAUGGAAGCUCGCCGCCUCCCGCCGCCCUCUGGCCGUUGCUGCUCGUCGCAAUUAUGCGACCAGCGCGACUUCUGCGCCUCCCGAUCCUAACGAUAACUUCCUCUCCGGAAGCACCGCUAGCUACAUCGAUGAGAUGUACAUGCAGUGGAGGCAAGAUCCUGAGAGCGUCCAUGUCUCUUGGCAGAUCUACUUCAAGAACAUGGAGAGCGGCGAGAUGCCCAUCUCUCAAGCUUUCCAGCCUCCUCCUAACCUGGUCCCUAACAUGACCGGUGGCGUCCCUCGCCUUGCUGGCAACCUGGCCAUGGAGGAUGGCUCAGAUGUCACCAACCAUCUCAAGGUUCAGCUUCUUGUCCGCGCUUACCAGUCUCGCGGUCAUCAUACCGCCAAGAUUGAUCCCCUCGGUAUCCGAGGUACCAACGACGCCAAGGGCUUCUCCAACAUCAAACCCAAGGAAUUGACUCUUGAGCACUAUGGUUUCACCGAAAAGGACAUGGACACCGAGUACACCCUCGGCCCUGGUAUCCUGCCUCGCUUCAAGCGUGAUGGUCGUGAGAAGAUGACUCUCCGUGAAAUUGUCGAUGCUUGCGAGAGAAUCUACUGCGGUUCUUUCGGUGUUGAGUUUAUUCAUAUCCCUGACCGUGACAAGUGCGACUGGCUCCGUGAACGUCUUGAGGUCCCUACUCCUUUCAAGUACUCUGUCGAUGAGAAGCGCCGUGUUCUUGACCGACUUAUCUGGAGUUCCAGCUUCGAGUCUUUCCUGGCCACCAAGUACCCCAACGACAAGCGAUUCGGUCUCGAGGGUUGUGAAACCCUUGUCCCUGGUAUGAAGGCUCUCAUUGACCGCAGUGUCGACUAUGGUGUCAAGGACAUUGUCAUCGGUAUGCCUCACCGUGGUCGUCUCAAUGUUCUCUCCAACGUCGUCCGAAAGCCCAACGAGUCUAUUUUCAGCGAGUUCGCUGGUACAAACGGUGCCGAGGAUGAGGGAUCUGGUGACGUCAAGUACCAUCUCGGUAUGAACUUCGAGCGUCCCACUCCCUCCGGCAAGCGUGUUCAGCUUUCUCUGGUCGCCAACCCUUCGCAUCUCGAGGCUGAGGAUCCCGUCGUCUUGGGCAAGACCCGCGCUAUCCAGCACUACAACAACGAUGAGAAGACUCACCGCACUGCCAUGAGUGUUCUCCUUCACGGUGAUGCCGCCUUUGCUGCCCAGGGUAUCGUCUACGAGUGUCUCGGCUUCCACUCUCUCCCCGCCUUUUCUACCGGUGGUACCAUUCACCUCGUCGUCAACAACCAGAUUGGUUUCACCACCGAUCCUCGAUUCGCCCGAUCUACCGCCUACUGUACCGAUAUUGCCAAGGCCAUCGACGCUCCCGUUUUCCACGUUAACGCUGAUGAUGUCGAGGCUGUCAACUUUGUCUGCCAGCUUGCUGCCGAUUGGCGCGCCGAGUUCCAGCACGAUGUUGUCAUUGACCUCAACUGCUACCGAAAGUACGGCCACAACGAGACCGACCAGCCUUCCUUCACCCAACCGCUCAUGUACAAGCGCAUCACUGAGAAGGAGCCUCAAAUCGACAUCUACGUCAACAAGCUCAUCGAGGAGGGUUCUUUCUCCAAGGCGGAUGUUGAUGAGCACAAGCAGUGGGUCUGGGGCAUGCUCGAGGAGAGCUUCACCAAGUCCAAGGACUACACUCCUACCUCCAAGGAGUGGACCACCUCUGCUUGGAACGGUUUCAAGUCUCCCAAGGAACUGGCCACCGAAGUUUUGGCUACUAACGAGACAAGUGUCAAGAGCACCACUCUCGAGCAUAUCGGUACCGUUAUUGGAAGCACUCCCGAGGGCUUCCAUGUUCACCGCAACUUGAAGCGUAUUCUCGCCAACCGAACCAAGUCUGUUGUCGAGGGCAAGAACAUCGACUUCCCUACUGCCGAGGCUCUGGCCUUUGGUUCUCUCGUUACUGAGGGUUACCACGUCCGUGUCUCCGGUCAGGAUGUCGAGCGUGGCACCUUCUCUCAGCGACACGCUGUCUUCCACGACCAGGAGACCGAGGAUACCUACACUCCCCUUCAGCACCUGAGCCAGGAUCAGGGCAAGUUCGUCAUCUCUAACUCUUCCCUAAGUGAGUUUGGUGCUCUGGGCUUUGAGUAUGGUUACUCGCUGUCCUCACCCCACGCCCUUGUCAUGUGGGAGGCCCAGUUCGGUGACUUUGCCAACAACGCUCAAUGUAUCAUUGACCAGUUUAUCGCUUCUGGUGAGGUCAAGUGGAUGCAGCGAACCGGUCUUGUCAUGUCUCUGCCCCACGGUUACGAUGGUCAGGGUCCCGAGCACUCUUCUGGACGCCUCGAGCGAUACCUUCAGCUCAGCAACGAGGAUCCCCGUGAUUUCCCCACUGGUGAGAAGCUUGUCCGUCAACACCAGGACUGCAACAUGCAGAUCGCCUACAUGACCUCUCCUGCCAACUUGUUCCAUAUUCUCCGCCGCCAGAUGCACCGCCAGUACCGCAAGCCCCUCGUUAUCUUCUUCUCCAAGUCUCUUCUCCGUCACCCUCUGGCUCGUAGCAACAUUGAGGAGUUCACUGGCGAGAACGCUGGCUUCCAGUGGAUUAUCCCUGAUCCCGAGCAUGAGACUGGUGCUAUCAAGGCUCCUGAGGAGAUUGAGCGCGUUAUUCUUUGCAGCGGUCAGGUCUGGGCUGCCCUUCACAAGCACCGAUCUGAGAACAACUUGGACAACGUCGCCAUCACUCGCAUUGAGCAGCUUAACCCCUUCCCUUGGCAACAACUCAAGGAGAACCUUGACCAAUACCCCAACGCCAAGACCAUCGUCUGGUGCCAGGAGGAGCCUCUCAACGCCGGUGCCUGGAGCUUCACUCAGCCCCGUAUCGAGACUCUGCUCAACAACACUGAGCACCACACCCGCAAGCACGUCAUGUACGCUGGCCGAAACCCUAGUGCUUCCGUCGCCACUGGUCUCAAGCAGGUUCACAUGAAGGAGGAGCGCGAACUCCUCGAGAUGGCUUUCACUGUUAAGCAGGACAAGCUCAAGGGCGAGUAAGCGGAUGAAAACUGAAGGAACAGGUUUAAUGGGGGAUUACAAUAUGGAUAGUAUGGUAUGGUAAUUGCAUGGCCACUAAUCGUUUGGGAGGGAAGAAGUUUAUAAAAGCCGCUGGAUCUGGGGAGCAACUGAGCUUCUUAUGUAAACCACUUGUAUCAUACCCUCCUAGACGAAGGACACUUUUGCCCUACAUUGGCAUGGGCUUGGGAACGACAUAGCAUGAUUUCUUUUUAUUGUUUGAGUGUUCAGAGCACCUGACGGGUCGUUUCAUUUUCUACAUCUGGCAUUGCGUAGACGAUACAUCUAUCUAACCUAUUGAUAUUCACAUUUGGUUCAAAGUAUAAGUGAGUGAGUCUAUUUUCGGUUGUAUUUAUUAUCUCAACAAGAUGCAAUGCUACCUUGGCGCGUCAAUCUCAACCUGCCACGGCCGUACGAUCCCGUCAUCGCCCGUUGUAACUAGCAUCUCCUCUUCCCCGCGCCGCUCCGAGGCGGCAUCGUAUCUCCGGCACCAGGUAAUAUGAUUAACCUCGAAGGGUCCAUGAGCUCCGGGUUGCGAAGUUAGGAGUCUCCAAUUCGUCUGCUGUUGCUUGCUCUCCUCGGUGUUACCCAUGGUUUGGUCUUGGCUGUCGGUUGUCGUGACAUGUUGCUCCGAGUCCUCGGCGUAUAGCGCAACGAUCCCAUCGCUGCCAGUACUCGCUACGAGUCCUGUCUGUGCACUCCAUGUCACAGAGUAGAUAUCGCGGGUAUGCACCUUGGGUAAGACAGAUGUGCAUGUCCACUCUUCUCGUAGAGAUCUCCGCAUCGUAUUGGGGAUACCACCAAGAGCACCGGCAACACCUCCCGUACUAUUCUCCUCCGCCUCAUCGUCCUGCCUCAACGUCCAUACCCUGAUAGUGUUAUCGGCAGAAAAUGUCAAGAGUCGCGGGAAGCGAUCUCCCUCCCGGGGUCGUGGCUCCCAUUGAAGCCCCCAGACAGUGCCCGCGUGACCCUCAAGAACAGCAACACAAACCCAUUCUGCAUCACCAUCUUCUCGCCAGAUGCGCACUGUAUUGUCGUAACUUGCGCUGGCGAGCACGUCGGCCGAGUAGCUGCGUCGAGCGUUGCGGCCAGGGACGUCGGGACACCAAGCAACAGCCUUGACAUCGCCCUCGUGUUCGUUAAGCACAGCGAUGGUCUCCCACUCGUCGUCUUCCUCAGAUGCGCCGAUAUCCUCCCAUAUCCAGACUGACUUGUCGCGCGAGCACGUAGCUAGAUAAGAACCCGAGGGGCUGAAGGCGCAAGACUUGAUCUCCGAGUCGUGACCCUCGAGCACAAGCGUAAACUCCCACUCCUUGCUGGUAGCAUCGCCAUCAUCGUCGCUAUCAUCAUUAUUUCUCCUCCGCACGCUCUGCGCCGUGACCUCAACCUCCAGGCCUCCCUCGGUCUGUUCUUGGCCCUCCCAGCGCCAUAUUCCAGCCGUAGAGUCAAAACUGCCAGUGACGAGACAUAGGUUGCCGGGGCGCAGAUGGGGCUUCCAUGCGAUGGAGCGGACGGAGCGGGUGUGGCCUCCGGUAAGGACGCUGUGGGCCGAAGCAGUCGAGAGAGAGAACACAGUGACGGCCUUUCCGUGAGCGGUUGCGAUUAGAGGAAGAGUCGGGUGAGGAACCGAGGCCCAGGCGCGUUCGUGAAGGUCAGGUUUGAGGGGCGCGAGGGCAGUGAUGGAGGCCGAAGUCGGCGCCAUGAUGAACGAAGCCGCGAAGGCGAGAGGACGAUAAUUGAGCGAUUGACGACGAUCUAUGGAGAUUUUAAUGUAUGGGGUUGUCGCCAGCUGGAUUGGGCUGUUUAGGUAAUAACCAAGAAAGAGUCGAGGUGGUGAAGUUUAACAGUUCAUUUGAGUAUUUCCCCUCCUUAGGUCAAAAGUUCAC